AUGGAUUUCACGAAUAAUAAAAAUGAUUUUGAAAAUACUUUUACUUUUGAGUCUUCAAGUCCCCCAAAACAGCCUGCUCCUCCUUCUCCGGUAGAAGCUCAUAAAGCUAAAUAUAAACGUAAUAGUCUUCCUAGGAAUGCUGAAGAAGCAAGGCAGCGACGUAUUGAACUUGACGCGCAAGCUCGAAGAAAACACCGGGACCAACUCAUUACCACCAAACGUUUCAAACAUAAUCUUGAAGAAUACAAAGAUGAUGAUGCUGAACCAGAAUAUAAUUUAUCUCAAAAAGACAUUGAAAAGUUGAAAUCUGGUUUGAAUAAUGUUAAUCGAGAUGCACGACUUUCAAGUCUCCAGGACUUGAGUAAAUAUCUCGUGGACCCUUCCGAUAUAUUGAGGCAGUUUGUAAUUGAAGGAGAUUGUAUAGAGAUAUUGAUUAAAUUCUUAUCCAGUAUUGAUCCGGCCGAACAACUUCAGGCUACUUGGUGUAUUACAAACAUUGCUGCUGGACCUAAAGAAUUUGUUCAGAAAGCUUCGUUGGCAAUUCCGUAUUUGAUCCCUUUCCUCGAAAGGGAAAACAUUCCUUUGCAAGAUCAGGCUGCUUGGGCUAUCGGUAAUAUUGCCAUUGAAAGUUCUGAGUGUAGGGAAUUACUUCGUAAAAAUGGAGUGUUGGUCCCCUUGAUCAAAUUGCUCGAUUCUAAGGAUGUAAAUCUCAUCCAAACAGCCUGUUUCGCUCUCUCAAAUCUUGCUCGUGGUCCAAACGCUAAUUUACACGAGUUUUUCGCUGCUGGCAUCAACAAUCGCCUUAUACAACAUUUAGAAACUGAUGAGAGCUUUGAAGUUGUCUCUGAGGUUUCUUGGGUGUUAACUUAUAUAACUAGUGACGACGACAAUAAGUAUACUGCUCAGUUGUUAAACGAAGGGAUUGCCCCACUUCUGGUUAAACACAUGAGACCUCUGUUGAAUCAUGGACCUUUGUCGUUACCUUUAGUUAGAACAUUUGGAAAUAUUGCUAGUGGUCCCGAUACAAACACGGAUCAUUUGAUUCGGCAACCCGAUUUCCUGCCUUCAAUGAUUCAAUAUAUUCAGAGUGAUUGCAGGCCGGUCAAGAAAGAAAGUCUUUGGGUUAUGUCUAAUAUAACGGCAACCCGCCGUCCAGAAGUCUUAGUCAAAGUGUUUAAUGCCGGAUUUAUCCCAAUUCUUUCAAAUAUCGCUACUCAUACAAACUUUGACAUUCGAAAGGAAGCUGCUUACAGCUUAGUAAAUAUUGCAUCACAUGGCGUAGAAUUCAUGAAAUCUUUACCUCAUCAAGAGCUUUUGCCAGAAAAUGUGAAGGGUAUUGAUGCAAUAGAAACUGCUAUAUUGACAGAAGAUGAAUCAUUACGUAACGCGGCCAGUCGUUUAAUGGAUAAAUAUUUUGGAGAAGAAUUUUCUGAGCAAAUGCAAGUUCAAAUUGAAGAGACCACUUAA